GCAGUAGUUAGAGCGCGCGCGUCUCAACCCAACGUCCCACGACUGGGCAGUGAGUGACCAAGUGUAGUGUUAUUGUGAGUGACUAACGGAUGACUAUACUUUUUGUGAAGUGCAACCACUAACGGAUCACGAGUUCGGGUUCAAGUUAAGCCGUAGUUCCCAGGCGGCAGCGCCUGAAGUAAAGGCUAAAGAUUGAGCAAGAUGGUGAAAUAAGUAUGGAGAUGGACGAUAAAGUGUCGGGGCCGGGGGGAGUGGCGCAGAAGAACUGGACGCACACGAACGCCAGCUUCCCGCUUCCCCUGGACAUGACCUUCAACCACGGGCACGUGGUGCAGAUCUGCGUGUACAGCGUGCUGAUGGUGGUGUCGGCCACGGGGAACCUCACCGUGCUGACGCAGCUAGUAAAGCGGAGGCGAGCGGGCCGCGCCAGCAGGCUCGAUUUGCUGCUGAUGCAUUUGGCUAUCGCUGAUCUUAUGGUGACGUUCCUAAUGAUGCCGCUAGAGAUUGCGUGGGCGGGCACGGUGCAGUGGCUGGCGGGCGACCUCAUGUGUCGCCUCAUGAUGUUCACGCGUACCUUCGGCCUCUACCUCUCCAGCUUCGUGCUCAUCUGCAUCGCUGUUGAUAGAUACUACGCUAUAUUAAAGCCCCUAAAUGUGACCUGGGAAGCUAACGCGCGGCGCGCGCUGCACACGGCCUGGGUGUGCGCCGCGCUCGCCAGCCUGCCGCAGAGCUUCAUAUUCCACGUAGAAGAGCAUCCUGAUGUCGCAGGAUACUUCCAGUGCGUGUCGUACGGCUCGCUGCCGACGGAGUCGCACGUGUUCGGCUACUUCCUGCUAAACAUGCUGCUGAUGUACCUCCUGCCCCUCGUGUCCACGCUCUACUGCUCGCUGGCCGCGCUGCUCGAGAUCAUACGCCGAGCCAACACCAGUAAUGAUAACAUGCGUCGCAGCGGCGUGGGCAUACUCGGGCGAGCGCGGGCGCGGACGCUCAAGAUGACCGUCACCAUCGUCAUAGUGUUCUUCACCUGCUGGUCGCCAUAUUACUGCUACUGUCUGUGGUUUCUUUCCAGGUAUUGGGUGGACAAGGAAUUCGUGAAAGGUUUGGACCCGGCGUUCCAGAAGGCCAUGUGGCUGUUCUCGUGUACCAACUCGUGCGCGAACCCCAUCGUGUACGGCAUCUUCAAUCGCAACCGGUGGUCGUGGCGGACUGGGCCGCACACGCGGUGUCGCGACAGCAGCGCGCGGCGCUGCUCGCGGCUUCCCUUAGGAGACUCCAUGGAGAUAUCUGCGUCAACGCUCGCGCGCGCGCGGCACUCCCUGCACGGGCGCCGGGACUCCUACGUAACGCAAAACGGACACAACCACCACAACAACAAUAACAAAUACGUCGACAAUGGGAUCGUUUAGAUCAUUCAUGUUCUAUCUGUGUGUGCUUAAGCCGGAAAGCUCACAGCGGUACGCCUUCAAGCUGCGCUUGUGAGAUGAUUCGACUUGUAUAUAUAGAAUACCUCACGAAGAAAUCGAUUUAUGCUGUUUAUUUUCAUGGCGUCCGUCUGAGUAGGCUUCGGCCUUUAGGGCUUCCACUAGCUGGCGCGUGUGUACGGAGCGGGUGCACGGGUUAACGAAAAAUGGUAUGUAAGCUAUUAACUAACGCUUUGGAUUUUACCUAGCUACAAUUGCACCCGCGCGCGUGCGCCCACUUUGGUCAUCCGCGCCAGCUAGCAGACGCCCUAAGGAGUUUUUCUUAACAGCGGACAUGAACAUUGGACAUAAUGCAACUGUAGAUGUGAGUUGUGAUGAUACUGGAGGAUCGGAUGAACCUUCGGAGGUUGUAUCGUCAUGUUUGUAUUUGGUCCUAUAGCAUAAUCUGCUGAAUACUGUCGUUAGUUCUAGUUUAUACACCUAUUUAAAUUAGAACAUUCCAGCUUAUAUGUGAUCACAUUUCAGAGGUUCUCCAUGAUCUCCAUACACGAUACGUCGUUGGUCGUUGGACCAGUACUCUGCUUUUGCCUUUAAGUUCUAUUGAACUAAAAGGCAAAAGAAUAAUCAUACUUUUUUUUCUACGAACAGAAAUGAUUUUUUGCUGAACAUUGCUUUUGUCUUGUUCGUUUAGCAAAUGAGUGGUUGCUAAUUAAUGUGGAAUUAUCAACAUUAUUUAUAAAGAUAGCAGUUUGAUAAUUGCGUUGAAUGAUUGAUGAAACGUGUGAAGUUUAGGUAGGUACAUUCCUUGUUGGAGCGUAUGUACUCGUAAUGUAUGUACAAUAUAAAAAUACCUAUUUUGUAAAUUAUAGAACUUUUUGAAUAAGUGUAAAUAACGUACGUUUAUAAAUGUUUGUCUUUAUCCACUGGAUUAUAUUAAUAAGCAAUCAUGAAAAAACUCAAUAGGUCUCUUAUGUAGUAGUUUGUACACUUCCAAUUACCUACUAACCAACGUUCACUUUAUAUGGUGUGACUUCAUUUCAAUAAAAUACUUACCUAACUUAAAUCACAAAAGCAGUGAUGAUUUUGGAGUGAGAAAUAAACUGUUUUAAACCUAUUUUAUGUAAAUAGCUAAUGAAGUUACUGAAAGACUCGAAUAACCUUGCGAAUCUUAUUUUCAAACAGUUCUUCAAAAUGUAUAUACCUUAAUAUAUGUAUAUGUAAUCCUGUGGUUUAUGCUGAAAAUCGUAUCUGAAAUGUAUGUAAAUGUAUGUAAAUCAAAUUGAAAUACUUACAAAGCCUCGACAGUAGUCUUGAAACAUAUCUAGGAUUUUCGUGGCUAGGUGUUAGUUGCUCAUGCUUUGCCAAGCAAAUAUAAAGCCUGACCAGGAAUAUAUGAUCACGCGCCAUGUUGCGGAAUUUCACUGGAACUAUUUUUUUCAUACUAUACUGAACUGUCACCCUAUACAUGAAAACAACAGCGCCCUCUUGACAAUGAUCGUAUAUUUCUUGGUCUUGAUCGUAUUUUUCCCCUCACUAGCUCAGAAAGCCGUCUUUUAUCCUUUAAAACAAGCGGGGAAAAACGCAUUUUAGCCACUAGUGGGGAAAGUAAUUUGACCUUUGAUUAGAUGGAGCGUAGCUUUUGACAGAUAACAAAACGUAAAACGCUCAUAAUAAUGGCUCGUUCGAUAUUAAUUAUUAUUAAAUAAAUGGUUUGAGAAUUUAAUAAAAAAUACCAAAUUUAGUUUUAUUUAAUGAUUUUAAGUCAUAAAACUUAAAUUCCAUAAGAAACAUUUGUUUUUAUAAAUGAUGUUAAAUGUAAUUCUGAACGCACAAGUUGAGUCGAUGCAAUUUCAAAACGCAUUGUUAGAAAUGUCAACAUUGUCAGCAAAAAUUUUCUCGCCGACUCCGACACGUAAAAAUACAUAUCGAUAUUAUAUAAAAAUACAUAAUACGAUAUUAUAUAAAAAUACAUAUAUAUAGUAUCGUAUUAUCGUAAGAAAAUAGUGAUUCCAGUGAUGAAGAUGAUCUAACGCCUGUGGAUGUUGCACUUUCCUUGCUAAAGUGAGGGGAAAAGUUUUGUGUUACUCACGGGUGCAAAUGUAUUUUACUUCUCGUGUGUUGAAACCACUCGCUACGCUCAGGAUUCUUUUUUAGAACCACUCGCUUCGCUCGUGGUUCAACUAUAGAAUCCUUUCGCUUGCUCGUGUUUCAAUUCCACACUUGCGGGUAAAAUACAACUUUGCACCCUUGUAUAACAAAUAACUAUUACACCAUGCAUGAAAUAAAGUACCAAAAGAUAAGAAGAGAAACGUAGACAGCAGUUAUUUUAAGACACAAUUUCUAUUUUAAAAUUUGUAUAAAACUAUAAAGAGUAGGUAAUUUGACUGUGUUGUCACAUGCUAGUGUUUCAUAUAAAUUCCAUAGUAGCAAAAUCGUUUUGACAGUUCGAAAAAGUAACUGAUUUGACUAGUAGUCAAAUACCCUAUUUACGACUUUUCCCAAUAUGAAAGUCGUAAACAUUUGUGUUAGAGCUUUAAAAAAACAUAAGUAACUGGUUUACGAUAUUUUCUUGUAGGUAGGAAAUGAACUCAAAAUUGGAAUGCAAAUUUACUUGUUGACCAAUUUGAAUUUAAGCGACAAUAACAAUAAUAAUGUGAGAUACCUGAAGAGGCAAGGCACAAAGUGGCUCAGGGUGUCUAGCUGCCUAGCCAACGUGCCCAUCGAUUACACUCCGUAGCGAAAGAAACGCAACGGUCUCUGUCGCACUAAACUGUUUGAUUGUAUGGUACUAACUAUUUCUAUAUGCAGAUACCUAAUGCUUAAUAAAAACGAUGCAACUUUACCUUAAAAUAAUGUUAAUAUUGAGAAACAGUGUGAUUCGGCAUAGGUAAAUGUUAUAAAUUUAAAGGAUUGUUUUUUUAAUUAAAUGUUCUAAAUGUUCAUUAUAACGCUUAAUUAGAUAGACGUAAUUUUAGUGAGGUCAAAAAGAAUAUUCAAAGGUCAUGGUUUAAACAUUCCAAUUUAGUAUGAUUAAUUUAUAUUUUAAGCAUCUACAUUUAUAUCUUAAGAUUUUUUGUAUAUACACGUAUUUUAGCGAUAUAGUCAAAUUAAAAAAAUAUGUUUCUGUAUAGUAGAAUAUUAUUUAAUAUAAUAUGGUUCUUUAAGAGAAUAUACUAAUUAGUUAGUCCGAAUCGGAUCCAAUCAAACAUUUUUUUAACAUUAUUAAAACUGAAAUAUGUUUGAGACGGUCAUCACCUUUGUAAUUUACCUAUAUUUAUUAAAAGACUGACUGACAGAAGUCUAUUGUAUGUCAGAUAUGAAAUCAUUAUACUAAUUAGGGUUCCGUACCCAAAGAGUAAAAACGGGACCCUAUUACUAAGACUCCGCUGUCCGUCUGUCACCAGGCUAUAUCUCACGAACGGUGAUAGCUAGACAGUUGAAAUUUUCACGGAUGAUGUAUUUAUGUUGCCGCUAUAACAACAAAUACUAAAAAGUACGGAACCCUCGGUGCGCGAGUCCGACUCGGCUUGUAAAGAUGUUAACACAUCAAUCUUAUCAUGCUCGUAAAAUUGAGGUUCAAGUCAUUUCUAACCUAACCUAACCAACUAUUCUUGGGUUAACAGUUAUUAGUUUGGUGACAUUUGCUUUAAUAGGACAGCAAAAUGUAAAAAAGUUGGUAAUCAUUUCCGAUAAAAUGAGGUCUAAUUUUGGUGAUCAUUUAUUAUUUUUGGUGGUAAUAAUGAUUUUUUGUUAUUAAAUUUCACUAUAUCCGGUGAUCAGUUAAAUACCAGCCCAAAAUAAUUGCUGUUUUCACAUUUUUGCAUUAGUUUGGUGUUGUUGCACGUGUUGAAUGAACAAACAUAAUAAAAAAAUGACCUUAUUGUAACAAGAUACGGUUUAUUAUUGAUGAACAUUAAAUAAGUAACUGUGGUAUGGUUAACAUUAAAUAGGUAACUGCUAUUUUGCAUGUUUGAUUUAUUAUAUUUUUAUUAACGCGUACCUACGUUGGCUGUGACCUCUGAUACUGACGAUGGAAAGAUGAGUUUUGUACUAAAAUCCAUAAUUCUAAAUAAUUACUAUAGGAUUACUAGGAUAAGUGAUAUUGUUUAAUAAAUAUUAUUAAGAAUU